GGGAUCCGCCGUGGAGUUACGGGAAAGUUGUUCCGAGUUCCUGGAGUUUCCCUCUGCGGUUCCCCGGGCUCGGCCAGCGGGUGCCCCGGCUCCUUUCCUCCCUCCGGCCUUCGCCGCCCACCAGGUCCCUCCUCGUGUCCCGGGCCGCCAUGGAGCAGCCGCCGGCGCCCAAGAGUAAGCUGAAAAAGCUGAGUGAAGACAGUUUGACUAAGCAGCCUGAAGAAGUUUUUGAUGUAUUAGAGAAACUUGGGGAAGGGUCUUAUGGAAGUGUAUUUAAAGCAAUACAUAAGGAAUCUGGUCAGGUUGUGGCAAUUAAACAAGUACCUGUUGAGUCAGAUCUUCAGGAAAUAAUCAAAGAAAUUUCCAUAAUGCAGCAAUGUGACAGUCCCUAUGUUGUAAAGUACUAUGGCAGUUACUUUAAGAACACAGACCUCUGGAUUGUUAUGGAGUACUGUGGUGCUGGCUCUGUCUCGGACAUAAUUAGAUUACGAAACAAGACAUUAACAGAAGAUGAAAUUGCAACUAUUCUUAAAUCUACUUUGAAAGGACUAGAAUAUUUACACUUUAUGAGAAAAAUACACAGAGAUAUAAAAGCUGGAAAUAUUCUUCUCAAUACAGAAGGACAUGCAAAAUUGGCUGAUUUUGGUGUGGCUGGUCAGUUAACAGACACAAUGGCAAAACGCAAUACUGUGAUAGGAACUCCAUUUUGGAUGGCUCCUGAGGUAAUUCAAGAAAUAGGCUACAACUGUGUGGCUGACAUCUGGUCUCUUGGCAUUACUUCUAUAGAGAUGGCUGAAGGAAAACCGCCUUAUGCUGACAUUCAUCCAAUGAGGGCUAUUUUUAUGAUUCCCACAAAUCCACCACCAACAUUCAGGAAGCCAGAACUCUGGUCUGAUGAUUUCACCGAUUUUGUUAAAAAGUGCCUAGUGAAGAAUCCUGAGCAGAGAGCUACUGCAACACAGCUUUUACAGCAUCCUUUUAUCAAGAAUGCAAAGCCUGUAUCGAUUUUAAGAGACCUGAUUGCAGAAGCUAUGGAGAUCAAAGCUAAAAGACAUGAAGAACAGCAGCGAGAAUUGGAAGAGGAGGAAGAAAAUUCGGAUGAAGAUGAGCUGGACUCCCACACCAUGGUGAAGACCAGCUCGGAAAGUGUGGGCACCAUGAGGGCCACGAGCACCAUGAGCGAAGGCGCCCAGACCAUGAUUGAGCAUAACAGCACGAUGUUAGAGUCUGACUUGGGGACCAUGGUUAUAAACAGUGAGGAUGAAGAAGAAGAAGAUGGAACCAUGAAAAGAAAUGCAACUUCACCACAAGUGCAAAGACCGUCUUUCAUGGACUACUUUGAUAAACAGGACUUCAAGAAUAAGAGUCAUGAGAACUGUAAUCAGAACAUGCAUGAACCCUUCCCUAUGUCCAAAAAUGUUUUUCCUGAUAACUGGAAAGUUCCUCAAGACGGAGACUUCGACUUUUUAAAAAACCUGAGUUUAGAAGAACUGCAGACGCGGUUGAAAGCCCUGGACCCCAUGAUGGAGCGGGAAAUCGAAGAGCUCCGCCAGAGGUACACAGCGAAACGGCAGCCCAUUCUGGACGCCAUGGAUGCGAAGAAAAGAAGGCAGCAAAACUUCUGAUCUAGUUUCUUCUCUCUUUGUUUCUAUAACUAUUCUGGAGACCAAGAAACCACUAAGAAUUGAAGGAAUAGUAUGAUUUCUUUUUAAUUCCUAAGAUCUGUGCUCUACAGCUAGGCAAUGGUCAAAAACUGAUUAGUACCUACCCAGGUAAAGUUCCCAAAGGCACAAUCUACAACUGUACCCAUUCUGUUUUCAUUUUUAAACAAUGAAAACAGCAGACAUGUAGUCUUCUCUGUCAGCUGCAUACCAGCACUAAAACUGUUAUAAAAAUGAAGGCUGGGUUUAGAGACCUUGAAAAUCCAAAGCUAUUGUUUAAUUAUACAGCACUGAAGGGCUUUAUGUUACAACAGUUUUUAUUCUUAUCUAGUAGCCUAUUUAUUAUAUCCCUUUAGGUAAACUUAUUUAUUUAUGCCAUUUCACUUUGUUGGUUUUUUUUUAAAGACAUGAUCAGGAUAGCUUUGGUGAAGGUAGGAAAGUAUUAAUAGAUAAUAAUAUUCAACCAAAUUAUACUCUAAGCAGGGAGCUAUGGGGUACAUUCCUUGAUUUCCAGGAUAGUUUUCCAAUAGAAGCAAAGCAAUAAUAGCAAUAGUACCUAAAUGGGCCAGGCGUUUUUUAUACUGAAGCAAUAAUUCCAUUUUUACCUCCUGAAAUUUUUAACUUUUUAAUUCUUAAUAUUUGGUACAAAUAGAACUAUAUAUAUUUAGGUCAGACAGAGUUAUAAUGUUUAAAACCAAAGAAAUCAAUGGAAUCCUUGCACAGAAAAAGUGUGGUAAAUAUUUUAAAAGAAAUCCUUAAGUCAAAUGUAAUUUCUUAAUAUUGUUCUACGUGUCAUGUGUAGGUCUGAUAGCUGAACUGUGUCAAACUGUAAUAAGCUCAUCAAAUUUAUUUCUGUGAAAAUACACUCAAUUGUCACAGGACCUUUUUGUUGAUUUCAUUUAUUUCCUGGGAAUUGGUAAACAUCAUGUGCCUGAUGAUAACAAAAUAGCAAAAACAUUUGCACUGAACUGUGCAAGCCUUGGGGAGUGAAAAAAGAAUAAAACCAUGAAAAAGAAACUCAUUCUAAGCUGAAUGAACAUUUUCGUGAUUGAACUGGGACCAGUCAUUUCCAAAGCUACAUCUGGUUAUCUUGACAGUUUUUUUGUGUGUGUGUUUUUAAUUACUAUGUGUAAGUCAUGAAGACAAAUAAAUUUUACUGUGACACCCAGCACAUUUCAUCUCUGUAUGUUUUUUUCUUUUUUUUUUUAAAUCAUCACUGGGAUUCUCUUUUCCAGGGAAGGAAGAUAUAUUAUUAGUCAGGACAGGCAAGAUUGCUCAGUGAUAACAACCCUGAAACUUCAGA